CCGAUGUAUAUUAGACACUCAUGGCCAUGCUACAUGUAUAUAGUUUAUUAAGGUUUAUGUGGAUUCCGAUUUGUAUCUAAGUGUUAGAUAUUUGUUAAAUAAAAUUUUCCUGGUGUUUGGGUUGGAAUCCUUUCGACAUUGAUGGCUGGUAGAGGAAGAGGCAGAGGAAAAAAUGUUUCUUUCAAUGUAGAAGCUUUAGGAUUUGGGAGAGGGGAAGCCCUACCAGGCCCCAUCUCUCAGCCACCACCACUGUUUCCAACUGCUGAGUUCAAGCCAAUUCCAUUUGAACAAAGUGAAGAGUUUGACUAUAUGUUGGCUUUGAAGCAGGAGUUUCUCGGAAACAUUCGCAAAUCUCCAUUUUACCUUCAAGCAGCAAACAAGAAGAAGGAUAUUGAGAGGUACUCGGAUAAAUACCAGGUUAUAACAGAAGUCAAUGGAAAAUGGAAGCCAGAUUGGAGAAGACUUCCAGCUGAACUAAAACCAAAAUUGCCAAGGAAAACAAAGCUCAAAAUUAAACCAACAGUAAAGGUGAAAUCAAAGUCCAAACCCAGCACAGUAGAUGUAUCCAAGACAUUAGAGGAGCUUGAGAAAACUGAGGUGGAAGAGAAGGAUGAAGAGGAAGAGGAAGAAGAAGGAGGGAAAAAAGAGGAAGGCACCGUGGAGGAGGAGGAUGAAGAGGUUUAUGAUGAGGAAGAUAUUGAGGAGGAGACAGACUACAUUCUGUCAUACUUUGACAAUGGUGAGGAGUAUGGUAAUGAUGAUGAUGAUGCAGAUGAAGGCCCAGUCUACUGAGGGAAGGUAGAUUUCUCAACUGUUCAUCGAGAGGAAAGGGAGAUAGAAUUUACUGAGCAGAAAGGGAUAAAACUCUACAAUUUACUGAGCGGAAAGAGAAAAAACUCUACUAUUUACCAAGAGAAAAGGGAUAAAACUCUACAGUCUACCAAGAGGAAAGGGAAGAAACUCUUGAGUUUAUUGAAAGGAAAGGGAGGAAACUAUUCAGCUCAGUGAGGAGAGAGGACAUAGAGAGGAAAAUAUUUACCUGGUGCUAAACUUCUCUUGACUUAAUGACAUGGAAAAAGAAUAUUUUAUGAAUAACAGUUAUACACUUGUAAAUCGUUAAACAAAAUGUCCUGCCCAGUGAUGCUGCGUUAUUGAGAUGCUUUAUUCAUAAUAGACAUCGUUAAGUGCAUUGGUAGAACAACACUUCAUAUCAU